CACAGUAGAGAUUUUAGACCUGUAUAGAAUUUAUUUUAAUUUACUCAGUUCCUGUCUGGUACAUGUAAUCCUAAUGUGUGACGUCAUGCAACUGGAAAUUAUGUCAUCAAGUGACGAAACACAAGUCGGUGAUGUUGAUUUAGGCGGAACUUAUAUAGAAAGGCAAAAGUCGUCGAAGCCAAUAAUGGAAAAACGAAGGCGAGCUCGAAUCAAUAGCAGUUUGAACGAGUUAAAAUCAAUUCUCCUCGAAGCGCUAAAAAAAGAUAGCACGCGUCAUUCAAAGUUAGAGAAAGCUGAUAUUCUUGAGAUGACGGUAAAAUAUUUGAAGAACGUGGAACGCCAGCGAUUAUCAGUUUCCUUGAGCAUUGACCCUGCCGAAAUUAACCAGUACAAAGCUGGUUUCAACGAAUGUAGAAACGAAGUCAUGCGGUUCCUGAGCACUUGCGAAGGAGUUACUGUUGAUGUGCGAACAAGACUUUUAAACCAUUUGGCGACGUGCCUUCAUUCUAUACAGAAACAGCAGUCAAACAUUUUCGAUGAAUCGGUUGCAGACUUCGGUUUGAGCCAACAUUCCAAUCAACCUGCAUCUAUAUUAUCCAAUGGUCAAGCAAUCCAAGUUCAGUUUUCAGAUUCUACUGUCCCCGUUGCCCUUGGAAGCCUAAACACAGGUUUUAGUCCAAUUAUCGCCCCAAAGCCAUCAGUUUUAAAGCGAGUAAUCUCCGGUAGAGAACAACCAUUGGCAAUUGUUCGCACGUUGCCCAAUUAUGUUGCUACGCCAGUCGUUCUGCAAGAUUCAAUUCAACUUACGUCGCAGAUUGGUGGAAUUAGUUCUGCUAACAUCGCCUUCCUUCUCCCGCCUUCCUUAGAAAACGCAAACACGUCUUCAAUGAACAAUGCUAAAAAUGAAGUCAAUGACACUCUGACUACAGAAGGCCAAGCUGCAGAAAAAAUCUUAUCUUCACCGACAUUUGAACCAAGUUUGGGCAUGAAAGUAAACAGCAAAUUAAGUGACGACGAAACAGUGAGCAACAAAACCAGUACAAGAGAAUUUUUCACACCUCGUGAUAAAACAAGCACAAAGAGUUCCAGGAUUUACAAAUUAAAUAAAGAUAAUGUCUCAUCUACAUGUUCUAAUACGAUGAAGAUAGUCCCAAACCAGGAUAUAGAAACUAUGACAGGAUUAGCCCUAAAUAAAAGACGAAAUAAACGCGACAAAAAUGUAAAACAAGAGGGAAAUCAAGUACAAUGCGUUCCAGCUGAUUCAACGGAAUCAAAAAAAAUUAGGCACUGUCACAAGACUCAUAACGAUGACGUCACAGAGGAAGAUUUCCGUUUUACCAAAAAAAUGAAAUUGAAAGACUAUUGUUUACCGACAGAUGAAACCCGACAGAAUAAUGAUUGUAUAUCACAACUUAAAAACCUUACACAAGCUAAUACGGCAAACGAAGCAACCAUCAAUAAAAGCUGCCAUAUUCAUUGUAAUAGUAAUUUUACGUUACAAAACAAAACUCAGGAACCAACACAAACGAUGGUGUUUUGUAGCAGUGGGGUGUCGAAGCCGGAUUUUAAAUCUAUGGCUGUCACUAAACAAAAAGGAGGACCGUGGCGACCUUGGUCAGAAACAGAUUUGGUGGGCGAUUGAGUUAGAAAAGCAAACAAACACUGUGAAUUGUAUAUCAAAACCAAUCUGCACUAAUUUAAAGAUGUGCUGUAGCUGACUUGUUGAUGUGCUGUAGCUGACUUGAAGUAUACCACACUGCUAAGUAUAUUUAUUAUUACAUAGCAAUUUAUUCCAAAACUUUUUAUUUUCGAAAAAGUUUUCAACCUCUUUUUAUCAGUUCUUAUUAUUAUUGCAUGUUCCUUCAAAAGUUCAUAACUUGGUUUCAAAAGUUCAGCCUAAUAUUUUUUCGUAACUGCUGCCUGCCGUAAUCCACGAAGCUUAUGUAAUCGUCGCGGAUAAUUAAAUGACACAAAACCAAA